CUAGUUCAUGGUAAACAUUUGAUCGAAUGCGAUUCCAGCAUCACCGAUGCGCUUCGCCGCAAGUCACGCGUGAUGAUGCGAGACUUGUACAGACUGGGUGCAACGUGCAAAGAUGGCGUAACGAACUUUGUCAACAUUGCUUUUAAUUUAGAUCUAUCUUACUUUCACGAUAACAGCAACCAUUGCGAUGGAGAAAACAGACAGAUUUACUCGCGAGUGGUUUCUGCAUCAAAAGGGGGAUUGGGUUCGUACGUUAUCAAAAAUUCCUGAGUUCGAUGUAGGCAAAUUAAAGCAUUAUUUGACUGAAAGUAGAAACAAGACUUUUGACAAAGAAGGUAUGAGAGCUUACAAAUCGUUAAAAGCGUACAAGUUUUUUGAGGAGGGGUAUGUGCAGAAGAUUUCGUCACUGCAGAUGGACAAUUCUUUCCUUGCACGGGCAGAGGUGAUGGCUUCCAUGGCACAAAGAGUGUACAAACCGUACGUUUGUCUAAGUCUCGAAGGGGAUGUCCAGGGUGGAUCCUGUGAUUGUGUCGCAGGGAAGGGUGAGGCAUGCAGCCAUAUAGCAGCAUUGCUGUUUGCUUUGGAUGACUUUGUUGCUAAGGGACUGAAAGAUCUACCAGAGGACAGGUCUUCUACAGAAAAAUUGUGCCAAUGGAACAAACCAGCAAAGAGAAAGACAGAGCCUAAAACUAUACACAAUAUCAGGAUAGUCAAGCAGGAGCCAGGAAAAGUGGUGAAAGGGAGGGAGACCUUGGCAUCCUUGAAGUUUGAUCCUCGCCCACCUGUAGAUCAACUUCAAGAAGAGGAAUCCAAAUCUCGUUUGACUGAAGCUUUGGAAGGUGCCAAUCCAACGUGUGGUUUCAUUAAGUAUAACAAGCCAGUUCCUGAUGUUCCCAACGUUACUGAGUCUUCUCUACUCACCAAAGAAAUAGUGUCUACUGUUAAACAUUUUACAGAUUUUGAGUUGCCUCCAAGUAUAUUAGACUUAAAAAAUGCUUGCAUGUACUUUAAAGACUCUUUACAUCUGGAUGGUAAUGAAAUAGUUGAAUUGGAAUCAAGAACAAGGGGUCAGUCAAGCUCGCAAGAAUGGCACAGCGCUAGAAAAUACAGACUCACUGCAUCUGACUUUCACAAAGUGUUUGUACGCAGAAGUACAACGGAUCCAUCAAAACUUCUAAGAUAUUUUUUAUAUAACAAAAUGAAACCGACAAAUGCAAUGCUGUUCGGACUACAGCAAGAAAAAAAAGCUAUUGAGAAAUUUAAAUCUAAGUUGUUAGAACAGGGUAUACAUGACGUUAUUGUUGAACAAAAAGGCCUGGUUGUUGAUUCACACUGUACAUUUUUAGGGGCUUCUGUUGAUGGCAUUGCUUUGAUAAAUGGCGAACAAUUCGUUUUAGAACUGAAAAAUCCUGCUUCAACAUGGGACAUGGACAUACCAUCAGCAGCAAAGAAGUUGCCCUGCUUGAAAAUGAAUGAAAAUAAUGAGGUCUGUCUCAAUGUAAAACAUUCUUAUUAUACUCAGAUUCAGGGACAAAUGGGAAUCUUAAAUAUUUCAAAAUGUUACUUUGUUUUGUGCACUAAGAAUGACAUUCAUAUAGAGAUGGUUACAUUUGACAAACAUUUUUGGGAGAGGGUUUUACAUAAACUUACACAGUUUUAUGAUUAUUUCAUGUUACCAGAAAUUGUUUACCCCUCUGUGAAAUUUGGUCUGCCAGCUUUUGAUAUAUCAAAAUUUUGAAUCAAGGUGUUGUACAUAUAUGGUGUCAUGACUCCUUCGCCAUUCAAAUCCCUUCAUGGUACUUAUGCGAGAGAAAAGGGAAGUGAACUUUCAAAUAACAAUGUGUGUAGUGCAUGACGUUGUCAACUUAAUUUCUACAUCUAGGAUCAUUAUUUGUGUUACAAUACAUAAGUGAUUACAUCAUGCUUUGAUAUACAGUAUAUUAUUAGCUCACCUGAGCCGAAGGCUCAAGUGAGCUUUUCUGAUCAAAAUUUGUCCGUCGUCUGUCGUUGUCGUUGUCGUUGUUGGCGUUGUCGUUGUUGUCGUUGGCGUUGUCGUUGUCGUAAACUUUUCACAUUUUCAUCUUCUUCUCAAGAACCACUGGGCCAAUUUCAACCAAACUUGGCACAAAGUAUCCCUGGGUGAAGGGGAUUCAAGAUUGUUCAUAUGAAGGGCCACGCCCUCUUCCAAGGGGAGAUAAUUAUGAAUUAGUGAAAAAAUUAUUAGCAUUUUUAAAAAAUCUUCUUCUCAAGAACCACUGGGCCAGGAAAGAUGAAACUCCUGUGGAAUCAUCCUCAGGUAGUGUAGAUUCAAGUUUGUUCAAAUCAUGACCCCCAGGGGUAGGGUGGGGCCAAAAUGGCUGACCAAAGUUUUACAUAGGAAUAUAUAGGAAAAAUCUUUAAAAAUCUUCUUCUCAAGAACCACUGGGCCAGGAAAGAUGAAACUCCUGUGGAAUCAUCCUCAGGUAGUGAAGAGUCAAGUUUGUUCAAAUCAUGACCCCCGGGGCUAGGGUGGGGCCAAAAUGGCUGACCAAAGUUUUACAUAGGAAUAUAUAGGAAAAAUCUUUGAAAAUCUUCUUCUUAAGAACCACUGGGCCAGGAAAGAUGAAACUCAUGUGGAAUCAUCCUCAGGUAGUGUAGAUUCAAGUUUGUUCAAAUCAUGACCCCCUGGGCUAGGGUGGGGCCAAAAUGGCUGACCAAAGUUUUACAUAGGAAUAUAUAGGAAAAAUCUUUGAAAAUCUUCUUCUUAAGAACCACUG